ACUUUAUUGACAGCUGCGGGCAUAAGAUGGAUACGGUGCCUAUUAUUCAAAAAAGGAGAAGAUAUUGUACCGCCGGCUUGUCCACGUUUCAGAUCUCUCGUUCAAAACUUGUGCCCGUCGAUCCCAGCUACCUUUCGGUCGAUUUCUACGGAAUUUUUCGAUAAUGGCUUUAGGUGGAACAGCUCCCCCCAGAGGAAGUGCAGCCGCCACUGCAAGUAUGCGCAGGAGGAGAACUACUGGUGGAGGAGCUUCCGGAGGGGCAGCUGGAACUAUGCUUCAAUUUUAUACGGAUGAUGCACCAGGACUUAGGAUCUCCCCUAAAGUGGUUCUUGUAAUGAGCAUUGGCUUCAUAGCAUUUGUUGCCAUCCUGCAUGUGAUGGGUAAGCUGUAUUUUGUGCGCAGAGAGGCUUAGGGGAUUAGCAGAGCAGAGCAUAGUAUUGAAUUUAAGUUGACGUAUUUUUAAUUUUUAACUUUACAUACAAAAAUUUCAUGUUACAUGACGAAAGAUGGAUUUUUUAGGAAUGGUUCUGUUCAUUCUUUUACUAA